AUGACGCUUCUAUGCGACAGAGGAAUUCAAAACUUCUUUGAAGAAAACGGAAGGAGAAACCAUAGAUCUUUCGUUAUUUUAUUGGGGGAGAAUGGAAAAGCCCAGAUUCCAGCCAUCCACAGAAUAUUGCAGGGACAUACAAACGGCUCUGUGGAAAGUAUAGUUUGGUGCCAUAAGAAUGAAGUAACAAGGAAGACCGGCCAAAGGGUUUCAGGAAAGAGACAGAAGAAGAGAAUAGAGGAAGAAGAAUCCCAGGAUGAUUUAGCGUUGUUUAUAAGAGCUAGAGAUAUAGAAUUCAUUGAAUACAGAGAGAGCGAAAGGAUUUUGGGAAGAACAGUAGAUAUGCUGAUACUCCAAGAUUUUGAAGCCUUGUCUCCCAACUUAAUAGCAACAAGUAUGGAAACCGUAAGGGGAGGAGGAGCUAUAGUGUUACUCUUGGAUACUGCACAUUCUAUAGAAACACUUAUAUCCCACAAAACUGACCUCCAUGAGAAAAUUGGGGAGUUUGAACCCAGAUACAACAAAAGAUUAUUCAAAUCAUUGAUAAGCUCGAACUUUGCACUGUUUCUGGACGAUAAGCUCAACGUAUUAGACUGUAUGAACAGCCCAAAGGACAAAAACCUAAAAGUUAGCAAGGAUAAGUAUGAAGAACAGUAUGACCCAGACAGUGAGGUCCUGAAAAGUCUUGGGAAGACUAGAGAUCAGAUAUAUAUUAUUGAGGAAAUCUUUAAAGCCUUGGAGUCAAGAGCGGGCAAAACAGUAUUUUCUAUCACUGCAUCAAGAGGAAGAGGAAAGUCUGCUGCGUUGGGGAUUUCAAUAGCAAAGGCAAUAAGCCUGGGGCUUCUGUCUGUGUAUAUUGCCUCUCCCGCCAUAGAGAAUGUUAAGACAGUAUUCCUAUUUCUCAUCACGGGCCUUGAAAAGCUGGGAUAUAAAAAGUAUAUCGACUUUAAAAUCAUAUACCAGUUUAGAGGAAACAAGAGGUUUAUGCAAAAGAUUGAGUUUACCGGGGGAAGAAAGCAUAUUAUAGAAUACUUUAAUCCUGCAAAUGAGCUUAAAUACUAUCCGGAUCUGUUAGUUGUUGAUGAGGCUGCAGCAAUCCCUCUUGUGUAUCUCACAAAGCUGAUCUUUCCAAACUUUGUCAUCAUGGCUACAACGGUAAAUGGAUACGAGGGGACGGGAAGGGCAUUUUCUGUUAAGCUAUCGGAGAUGCUUAGAAAGAGCAGCGCUGAAUCCUCUUCUUUCAUAUACAAAGAAUUGACUAUGAAAGAAUCAAUUCGAUAUGGCCAAAACGAUCCCGUAGAAAACUGGCUAUAUAAGGCGCUAUUAUUAGAUGCAUCUGUUCCGAAGAUCCAAGGGUGCCCAAGGCCAUCGGAAUGCAGUCUUUUUUAUGUGAACAAAGAUGUUCUGUUUUCCGGAAAGCCGCCAGCAGAGAAGUUCUUGAACGAUGUAUUUUCCCUGUUCAUUUCCUCCCAUUACAAAAAUAGCCCCAAUGAUCUUCAGGUUCUAGCAGACUCUCCAAGACACGAGAUAUUUGCUCUUGUAACACCUGCUGAAGAUGAUGGGAAGGACAUACCAAAAGUCAUUUGCUCUCUUCAGAUUUCUUUUGAAGGUAAAUGCACAAGGACAGGACAUCUGAGAGAAGGAAAUCUAAUUCCUUGGGUCAUCUCCGAGGAACAUAUCGAUGCAUCGUUUUUGAACGUAUAUGGAAUCCGUAUAGUUAGAAUAGCAGUGCAUCCGGAAUACGCUGGGAUGGGAUAUGGAACAGCAUCUCUAAACCUGUUGAUUAAGCAUUUGUCCUCUCACGGGGAAGAUAUUUGUUCAAUGAAAGUAAGAGACGGAGAGAAAGAUAUUCUUUUGCAGAAUAUAACGGAUGUGCUAAUUCCUCAAGUCAGUUGGAUUGGAGCAUCAUUCGGGAUGGCCGAAACCCUAUGUAGAUUCUGGCUGAAGAAUCAAUUUGUGCCUGUAGGAGUAAAGCAAGCUGUUACACAGGAAACUGGAGAACACUCUGCUGUCUUUAUUAGAUCUCUGUCUCACACAGAAGAAGAUAGAAUAUACAAAUACAAUCAAAAAUUCAUGUCAAGAUUUGUCGGGCAGCUCUCAAGCAGUUUUAAAAGUCUUGGGCCGUCUCUGUCUCUUUCUCUUUUAAAGGACCCUGUCCCGGAAAAAGGGAGAAUGAUGUAUUUUCCAUAUGAUGAUAUUUCUAGAAUUAGAAUGGCAUCUGGAGGAAAGAUAGAUCUGAAUCUUGUGACAGAUAUCAUUCCAGACAUAUCUAGAAUGUACUUCCAUGGAAUGUUUAGCCAGGACCUGUCUGUUCUUAGGAAAUCUGUUUUACUGAUGGUAGGCUGCCAGAACAGAAGCAUUGAUGAAAUUGCAGAGCUUCUCACCCUGAAGCCAUUUCAGAUAGUCAAUAUUCUGACAAAAGUACUAUCAAUUCUUCUUGAAGAUUUAGAAAAAAACCAUGUUAUGAACCAGGAGAGAUGA